AUGCCCGGUCCGGCGGGAGGGUGGCGGGACGCGGCGGGCGCUGCAGAUGAUGCCAUGGACGGGGGGGCCCAGCAGAGCGGCCUCCGGGAGCCCCCCGGGGCGGGCGGCACGGAGCAGGAGGGGGACGCGGGCGAGGGGCCGCCCGCCGCCGACCUCAGGCGCUCGCAGCCCCUCUUCAUCCACGGCAGCAGCCGGCCACCGGCGGAGGAGGAGCCGCGCGCCUCGUCGCUGCCCUGCAUCCCCAACCCCUUCCCCGAGCUCUGCAGCCCCUCCAACUCGCCCAUCCUCAGCAGCCUCCCCGGCGGGCAGGGGCCCCCCCGCGAAGGCACCUGCCACCUGGUGAAGGUGUUCAGCGAGGACGGAUCCUGCCGCUCGCUGGAGGUGUCGGCGGGCACCACGGCGCGGCAGCUCUGCGAGAUGCUGGUGCAGAGGACGCACGCGCUGCACGACCACAGCUGGGCCCUGGUGGAGCUGCACCAGCACCUGGCCCUGGAGCGCUGCCUGGAGGACCACGAGUCGGUGGUGGAGGUGCAGAGCGCGUGGCCCCUCGGCGCCGACAGCCGCUUCGUCUUCCGCAAGAACUUCGCCAAGUACGAGCUCUUCAAGAGCAACGCGCAGUCGCUCUUCCCCGAGGUGAUGGUGUCCAGCUGCCUGGAGGCGAACAAGAGCAUGGCGCACUCGGAGCUCAUCCAGAACUUCCUGAACUCCGGGAGCUGCCCCGAGGUCCAGGGCUUCCUGCAGCUGCGUGAGGCCGGCCGCAAGGUCUGGAAGCGGUUCUACUUCUCCCUGCGCCGCUCGGGGCUCUACUACUCCACCAAGGGCACGUCCAAGGACCCCCGGCACCUGCAGUACUUCGCCGACCUCACCGAGUCCAACAUCUACUACGUGACGCAGGGCAAGAAGCACUACGGGACGCCCACCGAGUUCGGCUUCUGCAUCAAGCCCUACAAGGUGCGCAGCGGCACGAAGGGCCUGAAGCUGCUCUGCAGCGAGGACGAGCAGAGCCGGACCUGCUGGAUGGCGGCUUUCCGCCUCUUCAAGUACGGCAUGCAGCUCUACCGUAACUACCAGCAAGCGCAGGCCCGGCUGAGCCAGCCCCCCUGGAUUGGCCCCACGGCCCUGCGGAGCGUGUCGGACAACGCGCUGGUGGCCAUGGACUUCUCGGGGUGCACGGGGCGGGUGAUCGAGAACCCCAGCGAGGUGCUGACGGCGGCGCUGGAGGAGGCACAGGCCUGGAGGAAGAAGACGACGCACCGGUACAGCCUGCCGGCUGCCUGCCAGACCUCCCCGCUCAGUGCUGCCAUCCACCGCACCCAGCCCUGGUUCCACGGGCGCAUCUCGCGGGAGGACACCCAGCAGCUCAUCGGCCGCCAGGGGCUGGUGGACGGCGUGUUCCUGGUGCGGGAGAGCCAGCGCAACCCCAAGGGCUUCGUCCUGUCCCUGUGCCACCUGCAGAAAGUCAAGCACUAUCUCAUCCUGCCGAGCGAGGAGGAGGGACGGCUCUACUUCACCAUGGACGACGGGCAGACCCGCUUCGCCGACCUCAUCCAGCUCGUGGAGUUUCACCAGAUCAACCGCGGCAUCCUGCCCUGCAAGCUGCGGCACUACUGCACCUGCGUGGCGCUCUGA